GUUAUUAGAUAGCUUGUACACCUAUCAUUACGCAGUGUGAGGGUCAAGGAAAAGGACAACGGAAGGGAAGCAGGAAACUUCUGUUCGGACAGCUGAAGUCAACGUCCCAGUCAACUCUUGCAGCCACAUAGGACCACCUUCCAUUUACAACCAUGAUGAAUUCAUUUCAUUGACUCCAUCUCCGAAUUCUCGGAAUUACAAAAAUCCAAGCAAGAAAAUGUCUGGUUUCUUCUUCAGCUUCCUCUUCGUCUUCUUCGUUUUCUUCUCUCCACUCCCAUUCGCAGAAGCAGAUAACUGUUGGCCGGACAGUUGCCGGAGAGGCGGCCCACGGAUCCGAUUUCCGUUCAGAAUUAGGAACAAACAAUCCCCAAACUGCGGGUACGCAGGUUUCGAUGUUUACUGCAACGACAAAGGCGAAACCAUGCUUGAUUUGCCCAUCUCAGUCAACCUCACGGUGAAGAAAAUUCACUACAAAUCUCAACGAAUUGAUCUCUCCGACCCAGAAAAAUGUCUCGGGCAGAAGCUCCAAACCCUCAAUCUGUCCUCGUCUCCCUUCAGAUUCUUCACCGAUUACUUGGAAGAUUACGUCCUGUUCAAUUGUUCCGAGUCUAAAAGAGAUCUUUUAAGGCCCGUUGCUUGUCUUAGGGAUUCCAGAUAUCAGUUCUAUGCCGUUGGGUACGAUUCUUACAUGGAUUCAGUUUCCCUAACAUCUUGCACCAGCUACCAUAAUGUUUCAUCUGUUCCGGACUAUGUAUUUGAUAAAAACGAUGUUCACUUGAACUGGUCUGAGCCGGCGUGCGGCGGCAGCUGUGAAGCUCUGGGGAGAAUAUGCACGCCGCCAAACAACUCGACUGCAAAAUUUCAGUGUGUUGACAAAGGGAAGAGUAACGAAGUUUACAAGAAGAUACGAAUUGCAGGAGCAACAGUAGGAUCUUUCCUCAUGUUGACAACAAUUGCAGCUCUGAUCUUCCUCUGUAUCACGAUCAUCAAAGACCGCGAGAAUCGGAAGAAGAUCGAAGGGUUUCUAGACGACUACAAAGCCCUGAAGCCCACGAGAUUCGGCUACUCCGACAUAAGAAAGAUCACCAAUCAAUUCAGCGAGAAACUCGGCGAAGGCGGCUACGGCAUCGUCUACAAAGGCAAGCUCUCGACCGAGAUAAGCGUGGCCGUGAAAGUCCUCAACAACUCCAAAGAGAACGGGGAGGAGUUCGUGAACGAGGUGAGCACCAUCGGCCGGAUCCACCACGUGAACGUGGUUCGCCUUGUAGGCUUCUGCGCGGAGGGCUUCAGACGAGUCCUCGUCUACGAGUUCCUACCAAACGACUCCCUCGAGAAGUUCAUCUUCCAGGAAGACUCCAAGCGGAGCUCCCUCAGUUGGGAGAAGCUUCUAGAUAUCGCGCUAGGGACGGCCAAAGGCAUCGAGUAUCUCCACCAAGGCUGCGAUCAGCAGAUCCUGCAUUUCGACAUCAAGCCUCACAACAUCUUGCUAGACCAAAACUUCAACCCCAAGGUCUGUGAUUUUGGUCUAGCCAAGCUCUGCUCCAAGGAGCAGAGCGCCGUGACCAUGACGGCCGCUCGGGGCACGAUGGGGUACAUCGCCCCCGAGCUCCUGUCCAGGACGUUCGGGAGGGUGUCGUAUAAGUCGGACGUGUACAGCUUCGGGAUGCUGCUGCUUGAGAUGGUUGGCGGGAGGAAGAAUGUGGAUCUUAAGAUAAAUAAUAGCCAGGUUUAUUUCCCACAGUGGAUAUACAAUCAUUUGAAUCUUGGUGAUGAGUUUUGGGUGCAUAUUGAGGAAGGUGAGCAUCAGAGUGAUAUAGCGAGGAAACUAACUGUUGUUGGGCUGCAUUGUAUUCAGUGGUAUCCAGCAGAUCGACCGUCCAUGAAAGCUGUGGUGCAGAUGCUUGAAGGAGAUGGAUCGGAUCUCGAGAUGCCUCCAAACCCAUUCCCUACUGCAAAUGCCACUAAUUUGGUUGCAGGGAUAAUACCUCAAACACAUUUCCAAAUUGAGUUGCCACUCAUCUUAGAAAACGAGUGAAAGUCAGUAUAUAGGCUGGAAG